CAAUUCAAGGGUGCUAACGGGUCGGAUAAGUGGCAUUACCCGAACCGUUUGCCAUUCCUUGAAAAUAAAUUCCUCUCAAAAUUUGAACGUGCAUGACGUUCAGACUUCCGCGCUAAGGCUCCCUUAAACUCUGACAACUUCUUUCUUUUCAAGUACAGAGUGUUCCACACUGACACCAUCUUUGCUUCCGCGCUACCUCCUCUUGGCUUCGCCAUUCCUGAGAAGCCUACUGUUCAAAUUGCAUGCUUGCGGCUACUGUAGGAAAGACCUUCAAGAUUCAAGGUCCGAGUAGAUAAAAAAAAAACUUAUUUUCUGAUCCAACGGAGAUUAGGCAGUUGUGGGUGCUGACAUGUAGAUAAGGUUUGGCUCAAUUUUACUUUUUUACAAAUGGGGGACUAUUUACUCGAGACUAGAAAAGGUAUUUCGAAGCAAUAUGUUCUACUUACUAAAGAUAACAAGCCCAUAUGUCGGACACGAUGUAGUAACCCACCUUUCCAACUGCCAUGUACCUGGAGCUUGAAUGAAUUUGUUCGAAGAAAGAAGUUAUCUUUUCUUGAUGAGUUACCACAAUUUGUUCUUUCUCCGGCGGCUGAGAAUCGUCGUGAUAAAACUGAAUGGGGUAUAUUUUUGAGACAUAUUAAAGAUAAUAACAAGGUUGCAGUAGCAAAAUGUGACUUGUGUGAAUUUUAUGUACUUCCUCCAUCUGAAGUCUUGGAUCUUGGCCAUGUUGUAGUUGCAUAUCGAAUGGUAAAAUCACAUAGCAUUGAUCAUGAAAUACAUGUUGGGAGACAAGAUUCCGUCAUAAAGGGAGAAAUGCAUCCUUCUGAUGAUAAGUUUUCACCAGCAUUUAGAGACCGGUCCCGCUUGUCAAAGAUUGAAACUUGUGGCAUACCUGUGCCUCGUGUAACAAAGCAGAAUGAGCUUUUGGAGAAAAACUACGUGAGAGCAGACCCAAGUUAUUUGAAAACACUUGGUCAAGCUCAUUCCGGAUGGAUAUUUGGUGCGAUAGCAGAGCUCGUUGAUAAUGCCAGAGAUGCUAAUGCAACUAAACUGGACAUCUCUGUUGAAAUGAUAUACUGUAAAAAGUCUGAAAAACAUAUUCCAUUGCUGUCCAUAAUUGAUGAUGGACAUGGUAUGAGUCAUCAGGAUGUUAUGAUUAUGGCAUGUUUCGGUCAUAAACAACCCGAAGAAGAUUUAAGAGAGCGAAUUGGAAGAUUUGGUAUUGGGUUCAAGACUGGAGCAAUGAGGCUUGGUAGGGAUGCUUUGGUUCUUACCCAGACUGCUGAUUCCAGAUCACUAGCUUUUCUUUCUCAGUCUUUGAAUGAAAAUAAAGAUAAUCUUGAGAUUCCUAUUGUAAGCUACCAAAGGCACGGGCAGGUUAUGGAAGUAGAUACAAAUGUGCAGCCUGAAGCUUUAGCAAAGUACAAUUUAAAAACCAUUAAAGAGUUUUCACCAUUUAACAAGUAUCUUAUUGGUGAAAAGGCUGCCCUUUUUCAUGAGCGGACAGGAACACAAAUAUAUAUAUGGAAUUUAGAUGAGUGGGGUUCAAAUUAUAGUCUUGAAUGGUGUACUGGGUUGAAUGAUAAGAGCACUGUUUGCGAAAGUGACAUAUACAUCCGUUCUAGAAGGAUUAGAUGUCGUCCUGGUCAAGUCAGCCAACAGGUUCCGUUAGAUUAUUCACUUCGAUCUUAUCUGGAAGUUCUUUUUUUCGUCCCAAGAAUGAAGAUAUAUGUUCAAGGUUCACUGGUUAAAAGUCGACCUUUGGCAAAGUCUCUCAAUAAAACUCGUGUAGAAAGUGGAAUUAUAAUGGGAAAAAGUGUUCAGUUGACUCUUGGUAGGAGCCAAAUAGAAUGGGACCGGGCAAACUGUGGUAUGUUUUUGUAUUGGCAUGGUCGUUUGAUUGAGGCUUACAAGAGAGUUGGUGGGGCGAUUCAUAAUGCAGAUAUGGGCCGUGGUGUCAUAGGCGUCAUUGAUGUUACCGAUGUAGUGAAUGAUGGAAAAGGGCGUGUGUGGGUGCUUAACAACAAGCAAGGAUUUCAGGACUGUGAGCCUUAUGCAAUUUUGGAAAAAUGGUUAGGUCAAAAAGCAGAUGAAUAUUGGGAUGAUAACUAUGAUGCACUGCAGCUGAGCAAGAACGGCAUUCUUUACAAGCCUGAUCAAGAAUGGGUGCAGUGUGAUAAAUGCAGAAAGUGGAGAAUGUUGGACUUUGAGUUUGACUCCAAUAACUUACCUCCAGAAUGGUUUUGUCAUAUGAAACCUUUUGAGCGAAGCUGUGAUGUCCUGGAGCAAAAAUCAUCGGGAUUGAUUACAGUAUCUGCAAAGCGAUCUGGAUACGAAUUUGGUGUCUCUAUCAAAUCUGAGGGAGACAUGAAGGACUCAGCACCAAGCACGGAUGGUGUUUCAUUUUUCCAUCUCGAAGGGAUGAGAAAGGGAAGUCAAGGGACCAGAAAGAUGGCUCGCAGAAUAGCUUAGUGGUGGCACCUUUUUGUGCUUCGCUAUUCAAUUACCAAAACCCUAUCAUAGAAUUAUGGCUUGGCAUCAUGGGGUUAUGGCUACCUUGUAAAUUCUUAGUUUCUUAAUCCUAGUAAAGAUCUCUUCUCCUGGGUUGAACAAAUGUGAAGGCUCGCAAAGACUUAAUGGUAAAAUGCUUAGCUGAGUAGGAAUUUAAGGGCAUAACAAAUAUAAUUUUUUUUUGACUUUUUAACCUAUCUUCUAACAAAUAUUUUUUUCCUUUAAAAUUGAUGGAAAUAGAUGUUUAUAAUGUUAGCACAGGGAUAAAGAAUCAAGAGAUGGAAAAUUUUGAAAUGAAAAAAAAAAUCAUUACUUUUUUUUCCGAACAAGAAGGAAAAAGUAGUUCUUAUAAGAAAGAUUACUGUUUUGUUUGUUUACUUUUGAUUGUAAUAACUAUUAACGAGGGUAAUAUAAUAAUUUAUUGUCCCUA